AUGUCAGAAGAAACCCUCUUACACGACCUCUUAAUAUACUAUUCAAAAAUAAUAUACCUAUGCUCAAUAGACAACAUCAUCGCCAACCACAUAAAACAAUGGAUAACUGCCAAAAACGAAGCACCAGACUACAUCUACAACCUCGCUCACCAAAAGAAAUUUCGUUCGAAAUACGCAUUUAUACUAGGAUAUUUAUGUGAACACGGGAUCGGAAAUGAUAAGAAUCUUGCGUCAGCAUUUUAUUGGUACAAAUCUGCUGCGGAUCAAAAAUCCGGUGGCGGGAUGUCGACACAGUUUGGGAAACAUAAAAUCGGGAUAUUUCAUAAAACUGGGAUAUAUAUAAGUAGGGAUACGAUGAAAGCCGCAGCAAUUUUUCAGGAACUGUCGGAUGAAGGAUGUGAUAUUGGGACUAUUGAGAUUGCUAAAUGCUAUAUGUUCGGGUACGGCACGGCACUUGAUCCAGAUUUAGCGAAAGAUUUGAUUUCUAAAUUGGCGGAAAAAGGAAAUCCAGCUGCCCAGUAUUAUCUCGAUGCAUUUGGCCAGUCGAAUGACAUUUCUUCGUGUUUGGCGGCUGCACGUAAUGGGCAUUGGGAAGCGCCACUAUUUAUUGGCGAUUUCUAUUGUCAAGAUACCCCGUUGAAAAGUCCAGCGAAGGCUUUUUGUUGGUACCAAAAAGCCAUAGAAAAUGGUCUCUCGCUGUUUAGAUUGGCGGAAUUUUAUGCGAGCGGUGAAUUGGGAUCCAAGGAUUGUCAUAACGCGUUAAAGUUUGCUAGGAAGCAGAUUCAAUUGGGAGUUCCUCAAGAUGAAAUUUUUGCGUCAUUGCCGGAUAUUUUUCGAUAG